UAACUGUCAAAAAUAAUUAUAUUAUUUUUUUGUUCUUUCACAUAUCAAAGUAAAGAGUAAAUUAUUUUUUAUGAAUUAUGAUGCAUUAGAUCUAUUAGCAAGGAACUUACGGCAUAUAAUAAACAAUUAUAACAUGGAAAGUAUUUGCAGAACUUGCCUAAGAACUCAGGAAUCUUUGUCCUCCUUAUUUGAUCAGGAAGAUUUGAUAAUGAGAAUAAAAGAUAUAUCUUCUGUUCAGUUAACUGAUAUAUAUGGCUAUCCAACAAAAAUUUGUGAAGAAUGUCUUUCAAAUGUUAACAGAUUAUACAACUUUCGUAAGGUGAUUCAGAAUUCUGAAUUAGAACUUCGCGAGAGAUUCGCUGCAGAAGAAAGGGAUAAAUCCACAAUUAAAGAUAAGAAAUCUCAAAAACAUAGAGAAAAAAUUGAAUUUGAUGAAGAGGACGAGAAGCCUUUGAUUUACAUUAAGACUGAAUUAGAGCAUGCUACUGAAGCAGAUAAUACUAGAGAUGAAAAUGAUUGGUCACCAGAUCCAGAUAUAACAAAUGAUGACUAUAAUUCAGAGGAAGAUUCUAAUCCCAAAUUAUUUGGGGAAGUUAAUUUGAGGGAAGCUGAAGACUGUUCUAGACUGUUGAUGCCUGUCAAGAAAUGUUAUUGCAAAGAGUGCGGAAUUGAAUUUUCUUCACGAUUUAAACUUUAUAAUCACAGAAGGACAAAUCAUGUUGUUCCAGGAGUUUGUAGUAUUUGUGGUAUUAUUGUUAGGGCAGAUAAUUUAAGAAGGCAUGUUCAAUUACACUCAGAGGGACCAGCAUCUUGUCAUCAUUGUGGAAAAGUGUUCAAAAAUUCAGAAUCCUUAAGGGGCCAUUUAUUGAUCCAUAGAGGUCACAUUUUCACUUGUGAGAAAUGUGGCAAGACGUCUAAAGUUCGUGCAGAGCACAGAAGACAUAUGAAGACUCAUGCAGAUCCGGAAAUUGGAAAAAUGAUGUGUAAUAUUUGCGGAAAGAAGGUACGAGAUUUGAAGAAACACAUGCAUAGUCACACAGGUGAAAGACCCCAUAUUUGCAACUUCUGCCAAAAAGGUUUCACUAGUCCCUAUGCUUUAAAAGUUCAUACUCGACAACAUACAAAUGAGAGGCCCUAUGUUUGUAAUAUUUGUUCUUCUGCUUACCCUCAAAAAGUAUCUCUUGUCUCCCAUUUAAAAUCCAAACAUGGCAUCAAAUAUGAGAAUCCAGAAUCUACUUGAGAAGUAUAACUAGAUUGAAUUUGUUCCAUUACAUUUAAAAGAAUUUUAAGUGCACUACACCAAACUGAUAAUUAAUUUAUACCAACACAAUUCAAGAUUCAAUUGUAUGGAAAGCUGAGGUAGGAUAUAAAUAAUUUUGUUUAAAAUAUUUUCAAAUUUUAUAUCAAUUAACUUUCAGAUAUUGAUAUGAUGUACAUAUAUGUAAAGUAAAUAUACUAUUUUUCCAUUUUCA